CCUUUACGUUCGAUUGGCUGUCGUUUUUUUCCAAACUCCGAGCUGUAUAACUGUUUUCACAAAACAUGUCCUCUGUGGCGUGAGCCGGCGGCGGCCAUUUUGUUGUAUACCAGGUCAGCUGUAGUUUCCUGUGCGUUUUGUAAGUUUUGGAGCUGCGGCCAUUUGCUGGGCUCGGUCAUUCCCAUAAUAAAGCAGAAGCUGAGAGAAGCCGAAGGUCUUUCGUAGUGCCUCCACCCAAGCCGUUGAUUAUUGCGGACGCUUCUAAGUGGACUUGGCAACACAUGCACAGAAGGAUAUUACAAAAGAAAUGUAUUGCAGGAACAUCUAAUUUUAUCUCCAGACUGAAAUAAAAGAGAACACCAGACGAUAUUCUCCUGAAGAAACCCCUAUAACCUCAGUUAUCCUCAAUUAUCCAUCCACUUCUCCACAGUACAGAUAUGUCAUCUGAUCCUUCCGAUAUCUCAUGUUCUUCUGAUAAUUCCGAUACUGACACAUCCGUUACAGAUCUUAGAGUAGUUAAGAUCAUUUCCAGUGAUAAAGAUGCCAAAUGUUCUACAAAGGUUAUUGCCCACCAGCCAGCUAAUGUACGUAAAAAGUCAAUUUUAUGUUCUGAGUGUGGGAAAUGUUUUAAAACCAAAUCGAUUCUUGUGACACAUCAAAGAAUUCACACAGGAGUGAAGCCAUUUUCGUGCUCUGAGUGUGGGAAAGGAUUUAGAGACAAAUCAACUCUGGAUAUACAUGAGCGAUGUCACACAGGUGUGAAGCCAUAUUCUUGUGCUGAGUGUGGGAAAAGUUUUACGCAGAAAUCGCUUCUUGUUGUACAUGAGAGAAAUCACAGAGGUGAGAAGCCGUUUCCAUGUUCUGAGUGUGAGAAAAGUUUUAGUUCCAAGGCAGUUCUUGUUUCACAUCAAACAGUUCACACAGGUUUAAAGCCAUUUUCAUGUGCCGAGUGUGGCAAAUGUUUUAGAGACAAAUCGGGUCUUCUUAUACAUGAGAGAACUCACACAGGGGAGAAGCCAUUUUCAUGCUCUGAGUGUGGGAAAAGUUUUAGACAGAAAGCACAUCUUACUAUACAUGAGAGAAGUCACAUAGCUGAGAAACCAUUUUCAUGUUCUGAGUGUGGAAAAUGUUUCCGGGAAAAUUCACAUCUUGUAAAACAUGAGAGAAGUCACACAGGCCAGCAGCCGUAUUCAUGUCCCGAGUGUGGGAAAUGUUUCAGAGACAGAUCAGCUCUUAUUUUACAUGAGAGAUGUCACACAGGUGAGAAGCCAUUUUCAUGUGCCAAGUGUGGGAAAUGUUUUACAAGCAAAAAAGCGCUAGUUGUACAUGAGAGACUACACACGGGUGAGAAACCAUUUUCAUGUUCUGAGUGUGGGAAAAGUGUAAGAGACAAAUCAGCUCUUGUUAUACAUGAGAGAACUCACACAGGCGAGAAGCCAUUUUCAUGCUUUGAGUGUGGGAAAUGUUUUGCACACAAAUCAGAAAUGGUUGCACAUCGGACAACUCACACAGGUGAGAAGCGAUUUCCAUGUUCUAAGUGUGAGAAACGUUUUACACGCAAAUCAUAUCUUGUUAUACACGAGAGACUUCACACAGGGGAGAGACCAUUUUCCUGUUCUGAGUGUGAGAAAUGUUUUCGAGACAAAUCACAUCUUCUUAUACAUAAGAGAACUCACACGGGUGAGAAACCAUUUCCAUGUGCUGAGUGUGGGAAACGUUUUACAGAAAGAUCAGCUCUUGUUUUACACAAGAGAACUCACACAGGUGAGAAGCCAUAUUCAUGUGCCGAGUGUGGGAGAUGUUUUUCAGACAGAGCUACUCUUGGUACACACAAGAGAAUUCACACAGGUGAGAAGCCGUUUCCAUGUGCCGAAUGUGGGAAAUGUUUUAGAAAUAAAUCCGCUCUUCUUGGACAUGAAAGAAUUCACACAGGCGAGAAGCCCUUUUCAUGUGCUGAUUGUGGGAGAUGUUUUACGGAGAGAUCAUCUCUUUCUUCACACAAGAUAAUUCACACAGGGUUGAAGCCUUUUUCAUGUACGGAGUGUGGGAAAUGUUUUACACAAAAAUCAUCCCUUACUCUACAUGGGAAAAUUCAUACAGGAGAGAAGCCAUUUUCAUGUGCCGAAUGUGGAAAAUGUUUUGUACAGAAAUCCUAUCUUGUUAAACAUGAGAGAAGUCACACAGGUGUAAAGCCACUUUAAAUCUCUGAUUGAGAGAAAUGAGAGCAGUUUGAUCUUGUGAAACAUUUGUUUUAAGAGGGAUAGUAUUCUAAAGAGCAAAUCUCGUUCUGCAUAUUUUUUCUGAGAUGGGCUAUUCAUUCACGUCUCACAUUUUUUCAUUGGUGCCAGUGUUAAUUUUGAGAAUUUUUUUGUUUUUUAUUUAGUCUUUGUUGCUUUUUUUUUUUUUGCUUUGUUUUAGUUGAGAUUUAGUAAGUGGAUCUCAGUUUUCAUUUCAAUCUAGAGUUAGUCAGUGCUUUAGUCAUAACUUUUACAGUGUAAUGAUACUGUAAUGGUUUUUGCUGAAGAAUAUUUCUCAAAAAUUCUCUUGAGAAGUUAGCAUACCUUUUGUAUGUGUUUAGUAAUAUAAACUCAGUGGGCUGAAAAAGUGUUACAUACUGAGUCUGACUUACCAUAGUGCUCCCAUAUAUCAUUAGUAAUAUAGUCACAGCAGGCUGAGAAAGUGUUACAUACUGAGUCUGACUUACCAUAGUGCUUUAAUAUAUUAUAUAUAAAUUAAUGCCUUCAGUUUGUUAGAACAAUAAGUGCAAUACACAAUCCUAUUUCCUUAACAGCAGGUCAUAUUUAUUUUCUGCACAUAUCUAGAAUACAUAAUUGUUCUUUAAAAAAAUUAAAAUCCUACUUCCAGUGUUAAUUUUGACAAGGAUUUUACAUUUAGUUUUAGGGCGUUAUCUUAUUAUCUGCGGUGAUUUACUGUUCGAUAACAAUACGCUUUUUAGCACAAUAAUGCUAUCGGGCUAUCCAAUUACAGCCCAUAUUUACUGUGCGGUAAAUCACCCAUUAUCGGGCGAUAACACACGAGAUCCAUGAUAAUCACAUAUUUAAGACAAUCAAGAGAUCUUUUGUUUAUUUCAAAUUUUAAACAGAUUUAUUCAGUACGGUGAUAUUGCAAUACUAUUGGCUAUUAACCCCACAUGUGCCAUAAAGGUUGUUGGACCUGGCUAGUACUUGGAUGAGAAACUACCUGGGAUCACCAGGUGUCUAGUAUCACAAAGGCAUGGUAAUAAUAUCAUAAAGAGAAAGCCAUUUACCCCACACCAACCAGAAUCGAUAGGAGUGGAUAUUAACUCCACAAGUGCCAAAUAAUUUGUUGGGUCUGAUUAGUACUUGGGUGGAAAACCACCUGGGAUUGCCAGGUGACCAGCAAAACUAAGGCAUGGUAUUUUUGUCCUGAGAGAGGUUAUUAACCCCACAUGUACUACAUAACCGAUGAUGUGAAUAGUAAUCAAGGGAAUUUUCAUAUUUUCGCCAGAUUUGUAUAUAGUGGAGAUUGAUCAUAUAUUUUUGCUUUAUUUGGAUUUAAUAAGAUUUUAUAGAGAUAUGUACAGUAUAUUCAUAUACACCACCUUUCAACCCGAGAGAUCUUUUUAGGGGUAUUAUUCAAUAAAAGUUAAAUUUUUAUAAAAAAAAUAAAUAAAUAAAAAUUUCAAUUGUAAACUUAAAAAGUGUGCUCCUGAAAAAGCUAUUUAUGUCUUGUUUUGCUCGCUUUCAAAAAUUGCAUGGGAGGUGUGAAUGCGUAAAAUCUGGGUGCACCACCAACUAAAGGCUGAUCUCAAUAACAGCUUUGUUGGUCUGUAGAUAAUUACUUGUCAAUUGUGUCACUUAUCAUUGUGAUGACAAAGGUUAGUUAUCUACAGAAAUAAAAGUGUGACAAACACAGAAAUUGUUCUUUGGUCAGUGGUGCCACCAUCAGGGCCACACAACUGAGUAAUAAGGACUUUGCUAUAUGUGGGUGCGUCCAUAUUGAGCCCAUUCUCCUACUCUAUGCCAUGAAAAUUUAUCUGAAAUUUAUCUUUGCUAUUUAUACAGAUAUUGUCAUAAAUGCAUUAUAAUAUCUUCUAUUUUUCUACCUUUUAUGUCACUUUAUUUUGUUACAUUAAUAGGCCGUCAUCACUCAGGGAUAGAUGUGUAAAAUGUUCUUGUUAUGAAACUGUCCUAGUGUCUAUGGUUGCGCUAGUAAGGGGAUGUGUGUGACAUCACUGUUGGGUUUAUGAUGUAAUAAUGGGCAUGGCUGGUUCCUGUAGGAGACCUAAGGAAAAAUGGACGGAUAUCAGCAGUUGUUUUUACUGAGGUUACAAACCUGUGUGUAAUAAGUGAUAAACAAAUCCUACGAACCAUGACUGAUGUUCCAGCCAGCAUGAAUUUGCCAUAAGUGAUUAGGUAGAGUUGACAAUACUUUAUUGCCUCAUAUAUUAAAACCUCUUUAUAAAUAUAAAUAUAAAUAUAUAUAUAUAUAUAUAUAAUUUCUAUAGUUAUAUACAUAGUAGAGUUGUUAUAUUGAGCUUGCCUGUUUUGCAGAGAUAUUUACAUGACAUCCAUUGUUAUUAUAUUGCUUUGCAAGUUAUGGCAUGCGCCCGUAAAUGUGAAUUAUGAUGUUUUAAAUUGCAGAUGUUGGUUGUGGAGAAACUUGUGCCUUUUUUAAGUGUUUACAUAAAAAACUAAUUCAAUAUAGUGUUAUUGUUUAUAAGAAAAUACAGUAUAUUAAACAUGGUACAUUAUUUGUCACUUUUUGUUAACAUUUAUAAUUUCAUUGAAAUUGACAAAAACAUAUAGGUGUAUAUUCAAUUACUGUCGGAAUUCCCGACUUGUUGGAAAAAAUAGGAUUUUAAUACCUACCGGUAAAUCCUUUUCUCUUAGUCCGUAGAGGAUAU